AACUAUUCAAGUCAAUUCCCCGGAUGACAAACUGACCAAUUUGAGAACCUCUGGAUCCGGUUCCAGCGAGUUGCAUUCGUUAAUUGCCAACAUGCCCGCCGAAACAUCGCCACGCGCCGUUCGAUUCUCCCCCAGCGAGGUUGAGCUGGUUCAAGAUAAGGCCAAAAAUCCGCGACCCAUUGCUAUCUCCACCGAUUCCGAUGGCUCGGGCUCAUCCGAAGAUUAUGCUCACGAGCUCGAGCGCCAGGACGAAUUAGGCUCUCUUCCCCCAUAUGGAGAUAGCAGUCUCUCAAGCUCUAUGACAUCGCUAGCUCUGAACUCGGUCGCUAAUAAUACCGUGAGACAACGGGGAUCUGCUGGCGAAGCCAACACCAAUACUGCCACGAAUGGCGUCGGGAGCCGCCAACAACAGCAGCAACAACAGCAACAAAGGCCACAUGUUACGAGAACUCCUUCCAGCACAUAUGCUCCGAUGAGGGGCCCACCGCCGCAGCCGCCGUCAUUCAUCACUACCUCGACCCGGUCUGGAUCCCGUAGGCGGGAUCCCGCCGACAAGUUUCGCGACCAAGAACCUGCUUAUCUGCGCAUGAUGCGUCAGGAUCGACCUCCUAAUGGAUACUUCGACCCUUACACUCCUAGCAUAGACUACUCUGACGAAGAGUCCGAGGGCGAGACCCCUUCUUCGGAAGGUGUUUUCGACGAUCGAUUCCCGAACGACGAGACUAUUAUGUUCCAAAAUUUAAUCGACGAUACACAACCCACCGAAGACGACAUUAAAGAUCCAGUCAACCGCGAGAGGCUAGAGUGGCAUGGUAUGCUAGCAGCAGUCUUGACUGGUGAUGUUGUAAAGCAAGAGAAGAAGCGACUUAUCGGAACCUCUGAAUCACAAGGCGGAAAAUCUACUUACAGGGGCGAAUUAUGGCUUGGAAUCAGAUCCAAAAGGACCGGGCGCUCUCUCGCUGUCCAGCGAAAGGUAGUCGAGGAGGCGCGAGGGAACCUUGAUCGGACCGUCGACGAAAUCACGCGAUUCGAAGUGCAAGGCGAGACCGCAGCCGGUAAACCCGCCAUUGAGCAAGUUCGGGAUAUUGUUAAGAAGAUUGAAAAUUGCGAGUCUCUUUAUCCCUCGUGGCAGAUGCUGGGAGUAGCGCACUCGCAGGUCACGUCUCAAUCGUUCCAAGAAGCUUACGAUGCCGUCAUGUCCUGGUAUAACACCAAUGAAAUGAUCAACACUGAACUAUCAAUCCUGAAGAAAUGGGUUGGUAAUGAUGAUCUGGAUUUCCAGAGGACAAGGCAGAGGUCACCGAGUACCAACGGUUUAAGUGACGAAACCUCAUUCCUAGAUCGUCUGUUAAAAGAAGAUAGCUUAAGAUCGUUGCACGAAGAUGACGAGGCUGCGACAUUGGAAAACGCGUUGAAGACCAAAUCACUCAUCCGAAGGAGCAUGUUAACGCCGAUCUCGACUACGAUUGCUAAAGCGAAAGAAACUCUCAUUAUGAACUCGGCGGCUUUUCAUAAGCGACAUCUCCCUCCAUAUAUCGAAGAAUUACUUACCCUUAUCAGCUUUCCGUCGCGAUUAAUUGAGGAAAUCAUCAAGGUCAGGGUCGCUUAUGCGAGAAAAAUGAAAGAGACUACCCAACAAACUCCUAUCCUCCAGGACCAGAUGAUCUCGCAGUUUGAGAUCCUAUUGAAACUCGCGAUUCGAAUCAAGCAGGAGAAUCUUAUGGUCUCCCAACCUCAACCCGGAUGGAAUUUACCACCUUGUAUCGAUGAGUCGUUCGACCAGGUCGUACUCGACGCCCUGAAAUAUUACUUCAAGAUGUUGAAUUGGAAACUCAGCAGGAACAAAAACACCUUCAAAGAGGCUGAAGUCCUGUUUCAGGAAUGGGAAUUCGCCAAUGAGAUUGGUCGGCAUCUUGUUGGGGGCGACGUCGAAGUUGCCGAACAAUUCAGCAAUCUCACGUACAAAGCUCUGAAUCGUCUUAGCCAGACGUUCGAGCGCGAGUUACAGAGGAAGCCUAAGGAGAGCGCGGAUGAUAUGAGUAAGAGAUACACGCAAAUGCUAGACUCGGUACGAGUGAGGCAAAGGAUGCUUCAACGCUUCUCGAGGAUGUUGAGCGAGCACUAUGAGAACGCAUCAGAUAUAAGCAUCGCUCUCGGUGCCGAGGGACUUAAGACGUUGUAUGAACGUUUUUCGAUAACUGGUCAUUUCCUGGUGGACGAAGUUGACGGCAUCCAAAUCAUCGCGUCACCAGCCCUUUCUGGUCGUGACGAGGAAGUCCAAUCAAUACUACGAAACUGCUUCCAUGAGCUGACGAGGGCCGAGGAUCCCACAAACCCGUACAUACUAAUACUUCGCCCAGAAGCUCCAUUGCACUGGUUUGGAAAUCGACGAACUCAAUCCCUAAACAUUGAAUCAAUAGAUCUCAAGUUAGGUCAAAUGCGCCUUAUUGCGGAUGGGUCUCAAGGGCGAUUGGCAAAUGCAAGGAAGCGCUUCUUAGACACGAUCGAUAUGCAUCUCGAUCUCAUCGUAGAAGCACGCUCAAAUCUCCACAAGGUCAACACCAGACUAUUUGAGAUUCGAAAGGUCGGCUUCAAAUUAUCCAAUACUUUCAUGGACAGUGUUGAGGUCAUUCGAAAGCAAACUAAGGGUUUGGAUUGUCAAGACCUCAUCCAGACAUGCUUCGUCUUUGCGACGGAAUUUGGGCAGCGAUCGCUCUUAUAUAUGGACAGUAAUCGACGGCAAAUGAAUAAUAUGAAGCUGACCAAGCUCAGUUUAGAUUGGGUCAGCUUUAUUUGCGACGAUUGUAAGGUUACCGAUCGCAAAUCUUUCCGCUGGGCUGUACCAGCAUUGGAAUUUGCCAUGGGCAUGACGAGAGGUCGACACAUCCUAGGGCUCGGUGACGACGAGUAUUCAAAACUACGAGCCAAAGUUUCGGGAUGUAUGUCACUUCUUAUCUCACACUUCGAUAUUCUCGGUGCCAAGUCCAAUCAAGCAGCGCAACUGGAACGGGAGCGAAUCGAGGCUCUCGUUGGACAGUUCAAGAGGUUCGAUAAGAAUAGAAUGCUCACCGACGAAGAGGCUACCAAGUAUAAGCAGGAACAGCGGUUAGAAAAACUUGCUACUAUCGACGAGGUACAGAGGCGCACUGUUGAAGAGAGGCAGGGACUUGGGCGAGUGUUAGAGGUUUCCAACGAAGUCGACCGAUCGCUAGCAUAUUUAUCAUCGUCUGCCACCAACGUAACCAUGAGAUGGCAACAAGGACAUUUCGUCGGCGGCGGAACGUUUGGAAAUGUAUACGCCGCGAUGAACCUGGAUACCGGCCAUCUUAUGGCAGUAAAGGAGAUCAGAUUGCAAGACCCCAAAUUGAUACCUCAGAUCGCUACGCAGAUCAAAGACGAGAUGGGUGUUCUAGAAGUUCUCGAUCACCCCAACGUCGUUUCCUAUUACGGUAUCGAGGUUCAUCGCGACAGGGUCUACAUUUUCAUGGAAUUCUGCUCGGGUGGUUCAUUGGCUAACUUAUUGGAACACGGUCGGAUCGAGGAUGAGCAGGUUGUGAUGGUUUACGCGUUGCAGCUUCUUGAGGGUCUUGCAUACCUACAUGAAAGUGGCAUCGCUCAUCGCGACAUUAAGCCAGAAAACAUCCUCCUUGAUCACAAUGGUGUCAUCAAGUAUGUCGACUUCGGUGCCGCCAAAGUCAUCGCUCGCCAAGGACGCACCUUGGUUCAUGGUCUCGCUGCCACAAAGCCCAACAAGUCGAUGACCGGCACACCUAUGUAUAUGUCUCCCGAAGUUAUUAAAGGGGAGAAUCCGGGUCGUGCUGGAGCCGUGGACGUAUGGUCUCUAGGAUGCGUGAUUCUCGAGAUGGUUACCGGUCGUCGACCUUGGUCCAACCUCGAUAACGAAUGGGCAAUCAUGUACAAUAUUGCUCAAGGGAAUCCCCCGCAGCUUCCUAACACGGAUCAGCUGAGCGUGACGGGGAUCGACUUCUUGAACAAAUGUUUCGUCAGAGAUCCUAAGAAGAGGGCGAGCGCGGUGGAGCUCCUCCAGCACGAGUGGAUUAUGUGCAUCCGAAACCAAGUCGUUGAACCGCCUACUCCUAGUGAUACAAGCAGUAAUUCGGCGAGCACGCCACAUCCUUUUUCGGCGGGAAGUAAGGGAAGUGCGGACGGCUUUUAUUAGGAAUACUGGCCUCCUGAAGAUUUACCUUCUGAUCUGGUAACUGAAAAGAACGAGGAUGUGGGCGCGCUGCCUAGCGAACCCGCGUCACCACCAUGCUUCGAAGAUAUUAUAGCUGAAUCUCCGAUAACGAUGUAUCGACAAUCAUCCAACACGAGCUACAGGUCGCUUCCUCUUACCAGCAUGCAGGCCG